AUGCUCAAAUCGGGGUCCAAAAGGUACUUGUCGAGUUUUCAAAAAGCUGAUACCAAACUCGAAGAGUUUUACAAAUACCAUGCAACUCAGGCAUCGCUCAGACCUUGGAUAUACAGACCACGAAACGGUAAUACGCUUCUGGCCAUGGACUUAAAAGACCCAGGUUCAGACGCCCCAUUGAAACCAAGAGCUCCUGUGAAGCCCCUAAGCCGUCAGACUCUUAACACUUACAUAUGGUCAGCACAAGAGCCAUCGCAGGUACUUGGUCUCCUGCACAAGUGGACGUCAUUGACCACUAGGAAAUUGGGCAUCUGGCAGUAUUUCACUGCCAGCCAUCUUCAAAACGUCCUGUUUGCGUCGACGUUCAAGCUGGGUAAGCUUUCGUCGUUUGUGAAACAUCUGUACCUGUGGCGGCCUCGAUUCGUGGAGGCCCAAAACGACGCUGUUUUCGACGUGGAGCACUUCUUCAACUCACUGGUAACCUGCCAGUUGCACAGAAACAGUGCCAGAAAUCUUUCUGAUCCAGAAACGGCCCAAAACAAGCUUCUUACAGCAUGGAAUCAGGUCUCGAACAAAGAGAACAAAAGCGGCCUCACAACUCAUCUGGUUGCUGCGCUAGCCAAACAACAGGGUUUUUCCAGUGAGCUGGCGCUGCCAGGACUCUCUCCUACGGACGUUAUUUUGCCCGCUGCUGAUGAAACGUAUAUGUCGAACGGCAGACUAGCUGCUUUUCUGAGCGAGCACAGAUUCGAAUAUAUCAUGGCGCAGACCAUUGUAGAGUUUGGCGAAGCUCCUCAAUCUAUUCUAGGCUUUGUUGAAAACUAUAAAGCUAUUCUGAAGAAGUUAGACCGUCCCGAUAUCUAUCAAGAAUACGCUGCCAACGCCAAGAAGUUGGCCUCUAGUCCCACUGCAUCGACUACUGCUGCUCCCCAUCCAGCAGCUGAGUAA